ACAAGUAAUAGUUUUCUUCUUAGUGUUUUUUUUUUUUUUUCUUGUUUCUUGCUGUCUGGCCGUCAUGGACUCUUCAUCUCAGCCAUUGUUUAUGCUUGGUUGUUAAGGAAAGCUUUGAAAGUUUAGCAGUUUAAGGAAGCAAGCACCAUGACCAAAUCUCACAGUUUUCUUCAUAAUCUGAUUAAACCCUUCAAAUUCGGUUCUAGUAAAGAGGGAAGCGACGAAGAAGAGUUAGGGAGAACUGCAUCCCCGCGGCAAAAGAUAUUUCCUUAUGAAACCUUAGUUGCUGCCACAAAAAAUUUUCAUUCCCGCCAUAAGCUUGGCGAGGGAGGUUUUGGAUCCGUCUACAAGUUGGACGAUGGAAGAAGGAUUGCGGUGAAGAGAUUAUCACAAAGCUCCAAUCAAAGUCAAAGGAUCGAAAAGUUCAUGAACGAGGCCAGGUUGUUGGCUCGCGUGCACCACCCGAAUGUGGUGAAUUUGUUGGGUUAUUGUGUCCAUGGCACAACGAAGCUACUUGUGUAUGACUACCUUCCUCUGGGGAGCCUCGAGAAAAAUUCAUUUGAAUCCCACGUCAGAAAGCAGCUAGAUUGGAAAAGGAGGUUUGACAUAAUCACAGGCAUAGCAAGUGGCUUGCUCUAUCUUCACAAAGACUCGAAUAUCCCCAUCAUCCACCGAAACAUCAAGCCGAGAAGUAUUUUGCUCGACGACAAUUGGAUGCCCAAGAUUGCAAACUUUGACAUCGCUCAUCUGAGUUAUCUCUUCCCCGAGGAUCAAACUCAUGUCACUACGCGAAUCAUGGGCACCAUUGGAUAUAUAGCUCCAGAGUAUAUGAAGACUGGACAUUUAUCAGUGAAAGCAGAUGUGUUUAGCUAUGGGGUUUUGAUGCUAGAGCUGAUAACUGGCCGAAGACACUCGCCGUUUAGACUCGAGGGGGAUGCACAUAAUAAUAAUAAUAUCCUUGAUUGGGUAAGACUGAAUUAUCCAAUGCUUUGGCUUCUUUGUGAGGGUUUGGGUACAGGCUCUCUGAUCUUUCCUUUUUCUGCUGGCUUUUUUAUUUGCUUCACUUAUUUGCAUCGCUGAUUGUUGAUUGGGUAAAUACUAUGUUCAUCAACUUUCAACUACCAAAUGCAAUCAACCAUGAACUAUCCGAACAAGAGGGUCAUGAAACGUCUUGGUCACAUAUUUCUGAGUUGUUCAUUCUUGUGUGCAACUUAGUGGUUGAAUUGCUUUCUGUUUUUUCUUAUCCUUUUUGCAUCAGGCAUACGAACUUUACAGGGAAAACAGGAGUUUAGAAUUAUCGGACCCUACUUUAGCAGAUUCGAUGGUGACUGAGCAAGUGCAGGUGACAAAAUUGCGUCAUAAUAGGUUUACUGUGCGCUCAACAUGCUCCAGACUCACGUC